AUGACAUACACAUACUGCGAAGUCCCCGUCCGAAACAAGACCCCCAUCUUCAUCAACGUCACAAUCGUCCUCGGCGUGAUAUCCGGCGUCGCAACCGCCCUACGUCUCUGGUCCAAAUUCUUCUACACCAAGACCGAACUCGGCCUCGACGACCUCUUCAUCGUGCUCACCCUCUUCAUCGGCAUGCCCUCCACCGCCAUGAACAUCCACGGAACCGCCGGCCACGGAGAGGGCCGCGACAUCUGGACGCUAGAGUUUGAUGACAUUACAAAGUUUGGGUUCUACUUUUGGUUGCUCGAGAUAUUCUACUUUGCGCAGGUUUCGCUCCUCAAGACGUCGUUGUUGUUCUUUUAUCUUAGGAUCUUUCCGGGGAAUGCGCAGAAGUUGCUUUGGGGGACUAUCAUUUUCAAUAGUGUCUUUGGUGCGUUGUUUAUGUUUUUGGCGGCGUUUCAGUGUACGCCUGUGAGCUACUUUUGGUUGAAUUGGGAUGGAGAGCAUAAGGGGACAUGUAUGAACUCGACUGCCAUCGGCUGGGCCAAUGCAUCUAUCAGUGUUGCUGUGGAUGUAUGGAUGCUUGCAGUUCCGAUGUGGUAUCUGCGAAAACUCAAACUGCAUUGGAAAAAGAAGAUUGGUGUGGCUGCCAUGUUUAUCGUGGGAACUUUUGUCACCGUCGUGAGCAUCAUUCGUCUUCAGUUUCUGGUCGAUCUCGGCUCAUCUCACAACCCAACGUAUGACCAAACCGACAUCUCAAUCUGGUCAACCGUUGAAAUCAACGUCGGCAUCAUUUGCGCAUCCAUGCCGGCUCUGCGAGUCAUUCUCGUCCGUCUGUUCCCCUCUCUUGGAGGCUCAUCCUACGAUUCGAGCAAGUACAACAACUACGGGGAACAUUAUGGACGGAAAUCACAUAUUAUGAGCCGAAGUCGUGCUCGGGUGGAGUUACCUUCCCAUACGGGUGAUUCUAUACAUACACCUGAGCACGGAGGCAUUGAGUUGCAGAGGACGUUCCAUGUGCAGUAUAGUGAGAAUGAUGAGCAGAGUCUUGUUAAUGGGGAGAGUAAGUUUAACAAGACGCAAGUUACGACUCAGAUGAGAUCCGAAAGUCCGAGCGAUAGGUACUUCGAGUAUAUCGGCCAUGAAGGGAGCAAAAAGGAUCUUCCCGGGCUUUAUGCCAGACCUCUUAAACCCCGUGGCUCUGAAGCAGAUCAGAGUGCCCGACUUUCACAAACAAACGCGAUGAAAGACCUCGUCAAGCUCGACGACAUUCUUGGAAAGAUCAUACAACAGGAGCGGCCUUAUAUCAAGGCUAUGUCUCCACUCAUCGUUGCACGGAUGGCAUCUUGCUUCGCUUUGCCAUAUUUCACCUCGCAAGACGAUCUGUCUAAAUUUUUCAAGAUCGGUGCUAUUUCAGGAGCCUUUGUUAUCGCUGCUCAGCUGGUUCGCAAAUUUCUGCAGUUGAGAAAGAUUACUCCUCUACAGCACAAGGUGCGAGGACUGGUUCGGGCGUUCAAGAAUGGGACGAUACGGUAUAGGGAUCCGGAGGAAGUCAUGAUUUUGUCGUUGAAAUAG